UCCGAGAGACUGCGUGAACCGCUAGGACAAGUGCUGAGCAGGGGCGGAACCCAGCCCCAGCGGGUGACCGGAUCGCAGGGCGUAGGAAAGGCCAGCCUCGCUCCGGGUACCCUCCCCCCACGAUGGGCGUGCAGCCCCCCAACUUCUCCUGGGUGCUCCCGGGACGGCUGGCUGGGCUGGCGUUACCGCGGCUGCCCGCGCACUACCAGUUCCUGCUGGACCUGGGUGUGCGACACUUGGUGUCCCUGACGGAGCGCGGGCCCCCUCACAGUGACAGCUGUCCCGGCCUCACGCUGCACCGACUGCGCAUCCCCGACUUUUGCCCGCCGGCCCCCGAACAGAUCGACCAAUUUGUGAAGAUCGUGGACGAGGCCAAUGCCCGGGGAGAGGCUGUUGGAGUGCACUGUGCUCUAGGCUUUGGCCGCACUGGCACCAUGCUGGCCUGCUACCUGGUGAAGGAGCGGGGUUUGGCCGCAGGAGAAGCCAUUGCUGAGAUUCGGCGCCUGCGACCGGGAUCCAUCGAGACGUAUGAACAAGAGAAGGCCGUCUUCCAGUUCUACCAGAGAACAAAAUGAGGGGUUCGGCAGCCCCCUUCCCCCUCCCCGACUCCUGCUGCUUAUAACAAAUGUGGCGGGGUGGAAGGGAAAUGGACUAAAAAAGUACUACCUCCUUCAGCGCCCUCUGGCUCCUAUUGGACAAAAGAGGCCCAACCCCAAAGCCAUAAAAUCCUGGCUGGCAGGAUGGCUGAGAGCCCGUGAAAAUGAAGUGGUAACUAAUAAGAGCUCAUUACCACUGCAUAGCGUUUACACGGCACUCCAGUGCAUCAGCUUCCUGUAGCCCUGUGCUGUGGACAAGACGGAGGACACUUCCGUUCUUUGGAUAAGGUGGCUAGACUUCAGAAAGGCCUACGGUCAACAGUUCUAGGAAACAAAAGGAUGGGCCAGGACUGCAGCACACACCUUUUGUCUCCUCAAAGAGGAUGGGAUUCUAGGUGCUGUUCCCUGACCGGAUGUGAUAGAGGAGAACUGGUCAGUGAAAGAGAUCCCUCAGGGCAGCCUCGGGGCUCUGCACACCCACACUGGCAGUACCCUGUUGAUAUCACCCUUUACGUAGGGUCCUCUGUCCUACCUGAGUCACCUCUGUUCCUCUCAGGGUACAGAAGACCGGCAUAUCCUGCUCACAGAUGAAGUCUCUGUAUUGUCUGUCUAUCUCUCCUCCCUCCCCCUCUUCCCAUCCCCCUCCCUCUCUCUCCUC